UGUACUCUUUCUUCUUCGUCAGCUUCUUCUAUCUUUUUCACUUUUAAUAUACGACCAAAGCACGGCAAAAAAAAUCUUCUUUCUCUCUUCGCUUCUGUGUUUUCUCUCUACUUUUAUCUCUCUCUCUCUCUCUGUGGAUCGAAAUAGCAAACUUCACGUCCACGAUUUGGUUUCCUCUUUUAAUCCGAUAAAUCUCCGGAGGUGUUCUCCGUGGUAGUCUGUUUCUAUGCCAUUUUGCCGAGAAAAUGGGAGAAGUUAAGGGAUGUUGGAAAAUAGGACGAAUGCUUCUAAAGGAUAAGUCUGCAAACUCCUACAACGUUUCUCUUCUGUUAUCUCCGGUUGUUUCUGUUUGGGAUUGUAUCGUACGUAAAAUGAGGUAUACCUACAUACCUGAGUGGGUGUAGUAUUCUUUGAGAUCGUUGUAUCCCUGGUUCAGUGAGGUUAGUUCAGUUGGUAGAAUCAUCAAAGUAAAGGGAAAGUAAGCAAGGAAAAGAAGAAGCCAGUUAACAUAUAGGAAUGUAUACUUUUUAGUUAUUAUUUUUCACGUUGGAGAGUAUCCAAAAAGCCAGGCAAACAAAUACUUGUAGCAAUCAUGGAUAACAGUAGCUCGAUGCGCAAACAAGCUCAGCCGACUGUUAGAAAAGCAAAGAAGAAGCAAGUAAAAGAUGAAGUGGACCGAAUCAAACAAGCUGAGAAGAAAAAGAGACGUCUUGAGAAAGCCAUUGCUACUUCUGCAGCUAUCAGGGCUGAGCUAGAGAAGAAGAAGCAAAUGAAGAAGGAAGGACUGCUAGAGCCAGCAGAGGCUGCAAAGAAGAAGCAGGAGAGAGACGAACUAGAGCGUAGCAAACAAGCAGAGAAGAAAACUAUACAGCUUGAGAAAUCCAUCGCUACUUCUGCAGCAAUCAGGGUUGAGCUAGCGAAGAAGAAGCUUAAAAAGCUCGAGGAACAAAAGAGAUUGGAUGAGGAAGGUGCUGCAAUCGCAGAGGCUGUCGCUCUGCACGUCUUACUUGGCGAAGAUUGUGAUGACUCAUACCGAAACAUGCUAAACCAUGAAACAAGUUUCAAACCAUGGGACUAUACUGCCAAAUUCAAUUUUUCUAGUGGUGGAAGAAACAGAUUAUUUCCUCACCAACGUUGCUCGAGCUAUGCGGUUCAACAUGGUAACAACAGACCAAGAGACAGUAGUAACUGGUUAGUCUCAUAUGAGCCUUUCGCGAGGGGAUGGGAUGGCAACAACAACAACUUGGGAAUAUCAGCUGAUUUGAUUGCUGCUCAAGCUGUGUCGUCACUACAGAUCUCUGAGAAUACUGACGUGAACGCAAUUGUCUUCAAUGAGAUGUUCAGAAGAUAACAGUGUCAUACUACCAAAGAAUACUAUUUAAAGUUUGUGUGCUGUUUUUUUUAUUUUAUUUUACUACAUAGCAAAAGAAAAUAGAAAGAAACCGUUUGUGUGAAAUUACCACCAUCUCUCUCUUUUGUUUUCUAGAGAAGUGAGUCUCAUAUGAUUGAUUUA